CUAUACAACACUGUUUGGCAUUUAUUUGUGCCUGUCAUUCUGUGACUGCUGCUGUUGCUUUUUUAAUUCUCAUAUUUGUAGCGUAUUUAAAAUGAUGAACAACGCCUUUGCACAGCCCAUGUGGCUCAAUGGACCAGCUCCGGGUCAAUUCUACAAUUUUAUGGGCGGCAAUACGCAAGCAGAGCUGCCGCGCGAAUUAACCACGGCCGGCCCUUUUGGCACCAAGCACAGCACGGCUGCCAUUACCACUGGCUCCUCGGUGGUGGGUAUUAGAUACGCUGGCGGCGUCCUGGUCGCUGCCGAUACACUUGUUUCGUAUGGUUCCCUGGCUCGAUAUCAGAACAUCGAUCGCGUUUUCAAGAUCAAUGACAAAAUCUUGUUGGGCGGCAGCGGUGAUUUUGCUGACAUCCAAUCGAUUAAGCGCAGUAUCGAUCAGAAGAUGAUCGAGGAUCAGUGCUGCAACGAUGGUGUGGUCAUGAAGCCCAAAUCCCUGGCCAGCUGGCUGACACGCGUCCUCUACAAUCGUCGGUCGCGAAUGAAUCCGCUUUACAUCGAUGUCGUCGUUGCUGGUGUCGAUGAGGCGGGCGUGCCGUUUCUGGGCAAUGUGGAUUUACGUGGACGGGCCUAUGAUGAUUAUGUGGUCGCCACUGGUUUCGGCAGACAUUUGGCCUUGCCGCUGGUGCGUGAACGCAAGCCCAAAGAUCGCGAUUUCACAUUCGAGGAGGCAUCCAAUUUGAUUCGUGAAUGCAUGAAGGUGCUGUAUUACCGCGAUACGCGCAGCAUUCCACAGUAUACGGUGGGCAUUUGCAGUGCCAGCGAUUGCAGCGUUAAGGGUCCCUUCAAAGUCGAGGAGAACUGGACCUUUGCCGAGACAGUUGAGGGCUAUUAACUGGCAUUUGUCUAUAAAUUCUUUAAUCUAAGAUACAACUCCUUUAAAUAAAGCCGCUGGUUCAUUUUGGUAAAUAAUAACUCGAGUAAUGAAAGUCA